CCAAGAAAGGUUAAACCUUUUAAAUCCAACACUCGAAAGAAAUCUCCCGAUUCGGUCUCGUUUCUGAAGAUCAUGAAACUGAUUGAGAAGACGAUGAACAAGUUUACGACUAUGGAGGAGGAGGAAGAAGAUAAAGGCCAAAUCUUCAGGACGAUCGAAGUAGCUACUACGGUUGACCGGAGCAACGUAUCUCCGCCGCCGCCACCUGGAGAUUCUGCUGCUUCUGCUAAACCAUUGCUAGAAGUUUCCGGCGGCGACGAGCUUAACCUGAUUCCACCGUUGAACUUCUCGAUGGUCGAUAAUGGUAUUUUCCGGUCUGGAUUCCCGGACUCGGCUAACUUCUCUUUCCUCAAGACUCUUGGUCUCCGCUCAAUCAUAUCUUUGUGUCCAGAGCCGUAUCCUGAGAACAACAUGCAGUUCCUCAAAUCCAAUGGAAUUACGCUUUUCCAGUUUGGCAUUAAAGGCUACAAGUGUCUCCCAGGAUUAGAGAAUGAGGUUUGGUUGCAUCUUUGGAGUUCUAAGCAUCAAAAAGAGGGUUCCUAUACAAAUGCAAAUCCGAAAACUUUGGAGCCAUUUGUUAAUAUUCCAGAUCAUAAAAUCCGUGAAGCACUCAAAGUCCUUCUCGACGAGAAGAACCAUCCACUUUUGAUUCAUUGCAACCGAGGAAAGCACAGGACAGGGUGUCUUGUUGGGUGCAUGAGGAAACUCCAGAAAUGGUGCUUGACAUCGAUAUUUGACGAGUACCAGCGAUUUGCAGCGGCUAAAGCUAGAGUCUCAGAUCAAAGGUUCAUGGAGUUAUUCGAUGUCUCGAGCUUCAAGCAUAUUCCAAUGUCUUUCUCUUGCUCCAGUAGAUAGAAAGAAUUAAGUAGCAAACAACAACAACAAAACACAACGUCCCUUGGGUUUUGAUUGAUCAAUCGAUCAGUACUCCCUUGA